AUGGCGGAUGGCUUGUCCGAGUUCCCGGUGACUGUGGUAUCUGUGUUCAGCUUUGGUAUGCAAACAUUUCUCUAUCAGCCGUACGUAAGGGGCCAGGAUCAUCUAAGGACGUGCGGGUUUUGGUUGUGGAGGAAAACCGGAGUUCCAGGAGGAAAACAACCGACCUGUGACCAGUGUCUGGCGACGAUCCCAAUGGUCUUCAGGAUGAAGGUUUUGCAGUGCGCUAUUGUCUUUUUAGUUACCAUUGCAUUAGCGGCUUCCUCUGAUCCUUGCGCUCAAAACCUUGUAACUGGUCCAUAUGGAGUACCGGAUGACCACAUCACCGCUUCAAGCAGUCUGAACGGAAAUAUCUACGCCGGUCCAGAACGAGGACGGCUUAAUACAACAGCAACGCAACUAGCAAACGGAACUUAUCUUCAAGGAUCAUGGGCACCUACUCAAAAUUCCAAGAAGGAAUACAUACAGGUGGAAUUGAAAGAUGCCAGUCUUGUCCGUGGAGUUAUGACCCAAGGUCGAAAUAUUCUUCCAAGUGAAAACAGCGUAGAAUAUGUCAACCUGUAUCAUGUAGCUACUAGCAUGGACGGCGUCAAUUUCACAAGAGUGACCGAUAGUAAUGGCAAGGACAAGAUCUUCCGUGGCAACAUGGAUUCUGAUACCAUUGAAUCAAGCACUUUCCCAUGUCCCGUGUUCGCCAAAUACGUCCGCAUCAUACCGGAAGCUUGGUCCCAAAAUAUCUCAAUGCGGUUCGAUCUGUUGGGAUGCCAGAUUGAUCAAAGUCAAAAAGCUCCCGUGACAACCAUGCAACCUCCGACGUCAGCUCAGCCACUGACAACUGCACAAAGCCAGCAAACGACAUCAGCUCAAAGUCAACAACAAACAACAGUUCAAAGUCAGCCACCAACAACAGCUCAAAGUCAGCCACCAACAACAGCUCAACAGACCACGGCUAAAGCAGCUGUGACGACAGCAAAUGCCGCCCAAGUGACAACGAAUGCAGGAACAACAUCUGCAGCACCGGUAGUGGCUACUCUUGCAGGAAAUAUUCCGGCUGUCCCUUGUGUUAGUGACUGCAAAGGAAAACGCAACGGAGACUACCAGGGCUGCAGCACAACCCAGAAAUCUUGUAACAUGCCAACUUUUGUGACGUGCUCCAAUGGUAUACUUUACACCAUGCCAUGCCCAGCAGGGCUAGUCUGGAAUGAUGCAGCGUCGUACUGUGAUUGGCCAAAUCCAAGCUGUUAG